AUGUUGAAAAUUCUGUUUUUAUUGCUAUGCGCCUUUGAUAUUCCAAAUAUUAUUCUUGGUUCAAAUUCGGAUGAAUCAGAAUCAGAAUCAGGUGAAUUAGAACUAGAACCAGCCAAAGACAAUCCUCUAUCUCAUGAAAAUCUGCUCUACAAAUCAAUAAUUGCAUUCCCUUAUGAUGAACCAGUGUUUAUCGCGUAUUUUUAUGGGAGAACAUAUGAAGAGCGACUUGAAAUGAUCAAGAAUUUCAGAAAAAAAUAUGGUGAUGACGGGUUCAACAAAUUAAAAGAUAAAUUAAAGGGUGUGCCAGAGACACUUAGAAUUGUAGUGCCUACAGUUUAUUAUGAUGCUAGAUUAUUAAAUCUUGCAUUGCAAAAUCGUGAUAAUGAUUGGUUGAUGGAAGUUAUGGUAUCUAGAACAUCUCAAGAAAUUCGGGAGAUCAAAAAAACUUAUGAACAAAAAUGGAAUAACAAUUUAUGUAAAGCGAUUGAUCGCAACAAUAUUGGGGAUUUUGAAAGAAUACUUCUCGCACUUUGUGCUGCUGACAGAGAUGAAUCGGAUGUUGUUGAUGAAAAAUUGGCAGAUUCAGAUUGUUUCAAAUUAUAUGAAUAUGGACCAGCUACAAUUGCUGGAACCAAUGAAGAAGGGAUUAAUGGAAUAUUGUUCAAAAGAAACUAUAAACAAUUGAGAAGAAUGUUUGAGAAGUUUUCAGAUUAUGAAUAUUCAACAUCUUUGGAGAAGAGGACGAUUGAGACAAUGAUUGAUGAGGAAUAUUCGUUUUGCUCGAAAGCAGCGCUUUUGAAAUAUGUGCAAGCGGUCAAAAGUUUGCCCGAAUUUUUUGCGAGUUCGCUGAAAAAGAGUUUGACAGGUACGGAUGGACCUCUGAAUGUUGUUUGAAAAAAAAUUUUUCAGAAUCCAAUGAAAAAAAAUUGAUUCGAAUUAUUAUGAGUCGAGCUGGUGUUGAUUUACCGGAAAUCGCUGAAGCUUUUGGUGGCAAAGAAGAACUAUCGGAACAAAUUGCCAUUUCUGCUUUUACAUCUUCAUUCACUAGAAAUGCCUUGAGAUCUUUUAUUAGAGUUAAUGGCUGA